AUGACUGGCAACUGCUUGGACGAUAAAGCACAGUUUCGUUACAAUGAUACAGAAAUAUUGUGGCAUAUCGAGUCGGGGGGAUCGUUUUUUUCUAUCUCAGCAGCCAGAUAUCAGAAUCGUUUAGCGAUAUAUAUAGCAAUAUCAAGAAGAGCAAAAAACAGCCAAAAACUCAGUAGUCAAAAUUUGAAACAAACUGACGCUGGAUCUUUAUACUUUUACAAUGACGGGAGAUGCGCUGAGCUUUCUGGAGAUUAUCUGUAUAGAAGAACAUAUUGCGACACAUCUGACCAGACGUUUACUUUUGGUUCAGUGACAAAGUACGGCGACAAAAUGAAAUAUGUUCAUUGUUCUCUAAAACAACGUAUGGUGAUCCACAAAGCAUAUUAUGGCAAAUUCGACAAUAGCGGUACAUUUGACAGCAGAGCCCACAGUGAUGCACAAUGUACUGCAGUGACAAGUUGUAGGUUGAAAUCUCUUUGUGGUGGAAAGAGAUCUUGUGAACUGGUCGUUGACAAUAAUUUACUAUUGCCAAACCUCUGUUCUAACACAAGGGAAGAGCUUUAUACCGAGUACACUUGUGUGGAUAACUAUACAAGUCCCAUAACAACGACAGUUUCAGGACUUCAAAUUAGAUUAUCAAGCGGCUACAGAGGCUACCUCUACAUAUACGAAAAAACAUGGUUGAGAGUAUCUGAAGAAGAUUUGGAUGAAAACAAUGAGAGGUGGUUAUGUCAACACUUUGGAUUUCAAGACCGUCUCAACAAUAAAGUUGGUUUUGGAAGAGCUCGCAAUGGUGAGAGUAUCGUAGCUGGUGACUUUGUUUGUUAUAACACUACGUCCAGAGAAACAUCAUGUUGUGUUUAUCUUCAACCAAAAACAGCGACAUCAACUGAUAAAAUACCAUUUGUUGAAUGUAAGAUUUGUGACAAUCAGUUGCUAAACAACUUGAAUAAAUUUCUUCAUAACAUAUUUGGUGGCAAUGGAGGUAAUAGUUUUCACGAAGCAAGGUUUACUAAAGGUGGCUGGUGUUCCUCGACGCCUGGCUCAUAUCUCACCAUCGACCUUCAAAAAGAAUAUCACAUAACACGAGUUGUGGUCAUGGGUGAUAAAGAUCAGACAAAGUGGAGUGAAUCAUAUUCACUGAAAUACAGUCAUAAUGGAAGUUUGGUGGAUAGCAGUCGUGUAGUACAGAUUUCAGGAAACCAGAACGGUUAUCAAGCAUCGACUACAGACGUUGAUAUUUAUAAUGUGAGAUAUAUUAAGAUAGAAUCAACUGGAAACACAGACUUUUGUCUUAGAAUAGAACUCUGUGGAGUGGUUCAGCGACCAGCUUCCGUGAACGAUGUUCGAAUUAAUCCUUCCAAGAAUUCAGCACUAGUAACUUGGAAAUUACCAACUUCCUCCAGUUCAAGUUAUAUAAAAAGAAUCAAAAUAUAUUUGGUCGGAAGGUAUCUCGUAUCCGUUCCACGAGAAAAUGAGUAUAAUAUCAAUAGUCUCCAGCCAUAUACUGAUUAUCAAGUUGGAAUUGAAGCCGUAGACAAUUACAUUCCGAGAAGCGGAGUAGUAUACAAAAUAUUUAGGACAAAAGAAGCAGGCUCUUCUAACGUCCGGGAUCGUCGGGUCGUUUGGGGAGACAGCUCUUUACAAAUACUCACAGAACACACACAUAUAUUUAUAACUCUUUAUUCGUGCUUCGGUGCUUGA